CCCAAACCCGCAGGCUACGCUUCGCAUCUCACGGAGAAGAACUACGAGUGGACAAACCGCUGUCUAGCGGACGCUCCUUCCGUUGUUAAGGAAGUCUACUUAAAUUAGUUUCCGGGUUACCAAGAAGUGUGCAGUGUGCGUCUCCACGUGGAUCUGAAAAUGGUGAAGGCAGACCCUGGCAUGGAGGCCACCGAGGAUAAGAGGGGUAAGAAGAAAAGGAAGUCUCUACCUGAGGUCGGAGGACUGACCGACACUCAAGCAAAGAGCAAAAAGGUAAAGAAGAAGAAGGAGAGUAAUGGAAAUGCAGUAGCUGCUGAUGAUGUCACAAACGGCGUUGAUGUCAGUGCUGUGAAAGAGGAGGAGUGCAUCGAGGUGAGUAAGAGCAGGAAAAAGAAACACACAGGUGAGGAGACGUCAGGUGAGGGGGCUCUGGACCCCACCGGUGUCACGAACGGGAAGAGCAAGAAGAAGAAGACCGGGGGUGAGAAGAAUUCGGACGGGGCGAAACCGGAGCCCGUGUCCAAAGACGUUCUCCGUGUCGGAGACGUAAAGAAAACAACUGGAGGCAAAGGCGACGGGCAGAAGAAGGUGUCGAGUGACGGGGCAAUGAGGAACGAGGAAAGAGCGGAGGAGGAGGAGGAGAAGAGGCAGAAGAAGAAGAAAAGUAAGAGGAAGGCCCCGGCGGCGGACAGCUCUGGGGCUGAAGCGGACGACGGGGGACGGGCGGGGAACGUUCCGGAAGACGGCGGCUGUUCCGGGGCGCGGGAGAACGCCGUUGAGGGCGCUCCAACGACGAAGAAGAAGAGGAAGAGGACAAAGAGUGCGGGGAAAAAGGACGGCGGGAACGAGGAGGAAACGGGCGAAGAGGUGAACGAGAAGGAGAAGGAGAAGAAGAAAAAGAAGAAGAGAGAGAAGCCCGUCGUUGCGGAAAUGGGCGUCGAAGCGGAAGCCAUCGCCGGUGAGACGGGCGCCGGCGAGAUGGAAAAACAACAUUCCAAGAAGAAAAGAAAGAAGGAGAAAGGGAAUGAUGUCUCCGUGGAAGAGAGAGCAGACGUUGACCCCGGGGUCGGGGCGGAGCGGGAGAAAGGAGGGAAGAAGAGCAAAGAGAAGGCAGCCGGUGUCUGCGAUGGACAGAACGAGAAAGCGGCCCAGACGGAAGGGGUGCCGGAGGAGAAGAAGAGGAAGAGGAAGAAGGGACCGGCCCCCGAGGCUGUGGCCGCCGGCGGAGACGAGGCAGGGAGUGGCGUGAAGACCCUGAAAAAGAAAAUAAAAAAAGAGAAAGAGACGAUUACGGUUAAAGAGGAGAGUGGCGCAAACAUGGCCGACGUGGAAGGAGGACAGGACAAAGAAGAGGAGGAGGAGGAGGAGAGGGAGAAGAAGGGACAGAAGAAGAAGACGAAGGGAGAGAAGAGGAAGACUCCGGUGGAGGAAGAGGUUGUGGCAGAAGUUUUGAACAGCCAGGAACCUGAGGGCGAACCAAAGAAGAAGAAGAAGAAGGAAAAAAAGGCAGAUUUGGUCGACCGUGCAGCACAGACUGGAACACAGCAAGCCGCCACACCCAAGAUUAAGGAGGAGCAGGAGAGGACAGAGUCGUCAAACGCAGAGAAGACCAAGAAGAAGAAGAAGACCAAGAAGCAGGAGGAGUGCGUCACGGAAGUGGGUGAUGAGGCGGAGGGAAAGAAGGGGAUGAAAGGGAAAAAAAAUAAAAUUAAAAUGACCGCCAAUGGGAGGAGACAGUCUGAGGAGGAGGAGGAGGGCGGGGCAGGAGCGGCCGAGGAGACUGUGGAGGACCAAACACCACAGAAGAAGAAGACGAAUAGUAAGAAGAAGGGAAAGGGGGAAGAUGGUGAGGAAACAAGGAAAUUGAGGAAGAGGAGAAAGCAGGGCGAGGAAGAGGAGAAGAAAAUCACCCUGGUGAAAGGUGACCCGGAAGAGAAAGCGGUGGAGGUGGUGUUUGUCUCUGAGAAAAUGGGAAACAUGGAUGAGGUGACGAUUGACCAGGCAAGGAGACAGGCCCUACAGAUGGACGUGGACAAUGAGUCACGUCCCAAGGACGCAGACAGUACACCGAGUCUUGGCCAGUGGAGCACCGCCCAGUUCGACAACACCAGCCAACAGCAGAAGUUCCUGCGGCUGAUGGGCGGGUUCAAGAAGGGCAACCCGCCAACGGGGUCGAGCGGCGGUCGCCCCAACAUGGCGCUGGGGAGGGAGGGGCAGGACGUUCUGAAGAGGGGCCUCCUGGCCGAGUUCGACCGCGCCCAGGGGCGGAGGAUGGACUUCCAACACAAAGGGGUGGGGCUGGGCUUCGCCCCGCCGUCCAAUAAGAAGUUCGCCAUCGACGUCGACGCUCGCCGCUCUGUCCGAUUCGACGACUGACGCGGUGGAAGUCGACUGCGUAAACGGACUAGCCCGCUGGGCGGCUGGCGGAUACACGGGCUCAUCGAACCUGAAUCUGUGCCACUGCCACCUCAGCGGAGUGCGGUAGAGUUGAAUAUGAGACGGAGCAAAGUCAAGUCACGGGCAACUGGCCAAGGGGCCCACUCUCCACAGCCAAGAAGCAGGGACUCCAGGGCCAUUUUCGGCGUGGCCAGUGGGACCACCUCACCUCGUGCACUGCUCCCGACUUUCAAAAGUGUUGGACCCUUUUGUUUGGCUGCCGCUGGAGGGAAUGGGUCCUUGAAACUGCAGUGUUCACCCAAGAAAUACCUCAAUCGCUUGAUCGAGCAGCUCCUGCAUUGAUGGCAUUUGCCAUUAGAGCCAUUCACCAGAAGGGCGAAAAAGCUCAUUGUAGAUGGAUGGUGUGAACUGGGUGAACAAUCCCGGUGAAUUUUCCAUCAUGUUGAUAAUUUAUUGAUGUGUGUGUUUGUAUGUACGGUAUGCUGUUGCCCUAAAUAGAGAGGCCAUUGAUAACUAAAUGCCCUACAAUGUCCCACACUGUUGUGUAUCAUGGCCAGUCUAAUUGAAAGUAUACUGUAUGAGUAUUGCUUGCGUAUAAGAUGGCAGUUUGGUUGAAUGGGAAAAUCAUGAAUGUAAAGCUCUACCAACAGAUCAUCAAGCUACUUGGAAAAAAAUCAAUAAAGAGCAAUAACACAGUUCUUUGAUCUGUACAUUUAGGAGUGUGGAUUGUGGAGAGGUUGUAUCCUGCCUCAUUGAAUAUGUCCUGAAACGCUUUGUAAUAAAGGUGUUUUUGCAGAAA